GAGCCGAAUGAGUUGGAGAUGCGGUAUGAGAGAAUUCCGAAGCAGAAUUUAGAUCGCUACCGUGUGGUACGCAAAAGACACUAUAUCUACAGAGCUGCUGCAAGAUUGUGGCAGGAAGGUGUUGCCUGGGGAAAGGCACUAGAAAUAGUUACAGAGGCGUUUGAUGGAGCGUGCCAUGAAGCCUGA